GUGUGAGCCAGCCAUCUUUGACAUUCAGCUUCGGCGACUAUUUUGCGAGUGGUGCAAGAAAUGGGAAAAAACGCUAGCUAUAUGUAUAAUUUUGUGAUAAUUUGUGAUUAGUUCCGUAGUAUAUUAAUAACAGCAUAUGUGCGCAUAAAUUGCAAAGUGUCACGUGUAUUGUUUAUACUUGCACUAUUUGAAGGAGUUUUGACCCAAAGAAAUCACUCUGAGUUUUAAAGACAAAUAAGGCUGUCUUUUUCUGCCAAUUAAAUGAGAGAGUGAAUAUAUUUUUUGUGGUAGUGGGCAAGAAAACAGCCUCAAAAUAAGUUUUCCCGCCCAUUGGGGGGUCGGGCGAAUGCCUGUACCCCCAACUAGUGAUCUGUUGGCGACUAUAACAAUGUUUGAGCAACAGAUCAAAGCAGAACCGAUGGGUUUCUACUCAACAUGCCCACCACCACCGCAAAUGGGCCAACCAUUGCCACCGCGAUCUGUAGAACAGGCUAAUGAACAGACCGUAAUCGCCUUGCAGGACGACAAAGAUAAUAAUUCCAUGCAACCGCAAUCGUUAAUUGUGCCUCAACCACCAGAUACACCGAUAUCUAAUGUAUCGGACGUUGCAAAGCCUGAAUUGACCCAAUCUAGCUCUCAUGGGAUGCCACAUUCGAUGUCUGGACAAUCCAAUACAUCUACCGGAACGCAUACAUCGCGCAGUAAACCGCAAGCAUGCAAAGUAUGUGGGAAAAUGCUUUCAUCGGCUAGUAGUUACUACGUUCAUAUGAAAUUACAUUCGGGGACAAAACCCUUUCAAUGCACGGUAUGUGAAGCAGCCUUCUGCAGAAAGCCCUAUUUAGAGGUCCAUAUGAGGACUCAUACAGGAGAAAGACCUUUUCAAUGUGACUUAUGUAUGAAGCGCUUUUCACAGAAAUCUUCCCUCAAUACACACAAAAGGAUACAUACAGGCGAGCGACCGUUCAGGUGCCAUUGCGGAAAAACCUUUACACAAAAGUGUGCACUCACAUUGCACUCAAGAAUUCACACGGGGUAUUGGAGCAUAAAUAAACCAUUUAGCUGUGGAGAAUGUCAGUCCUCGUUUACCAGGAAGCCGUAUCUCGAUAUACAUAUGAGAAUCCACACGGGUGAAAAACCAUUUCAAUGCGAAAUCUGUUCUAAAAGGUUCACUCAGAAGUCGACACUGAACAUUCACAAACGUAUACAUUCUGUCCAGCUUAAACCAUAUGAGUGUCAACAAUGCCCGGCAAAAUUUUCCCGGAAACCUUAUUUGGAUAUCCAUUAUCGCACGCACACGGGCGAGCGCCCAUUUGAAUGUGACGUGUGUUUGAAGAGGUUCAGUCAAAAGUCAUCGCUAAACAUCCACAAGACAAUUCACACUGUGCAAGGACGACCUUUUCAGUGUACGGAAUGUCCAGCGGCGUUCUGUAGGAAACCGUAUUUGGAUAUUCACGUGAGAAUCCACACGGGCGAGAAGCCAUUCCUUUGUGACAUAUGUCUUAAGCGAUUCACACAAAAAUCUUCAUUGAAUAUUCAUAAAAGGAUUCAUACUGGUGAACGUCCGUAUGCUUGUGAUAUAUGCAAUAAGACAUUUGCUGUCAAAAGCUAUGUAACAGCGCACAGAUGGUCUCACGUUUCUGAGAAACCAUUGAGCUGUGAUCGGUGCUCCAUGACAUUUACGAGCAAAUCUCAAUUUGCGAUACACAUUCGAACACAUUCAGCGGGACAAAACUAUGAGUGCAAUAUUUGUGGAAGAACUUUUAUAAGAGACAGUUACCUAAUACGACAUCACAAUCGGGUGCACAGGGAAAAUCGCACCACAGCAAAUAGUAUUGCGACAAUAAAUAGUGUAGCUUCUGGUCAUGUGGAUAAUGGCCAAAAUUCAGGGAAUGUGGACUUUGACUCGAACAAUUCUCAAGUGUGUGAUCUCAGGUAUGUGUCAGAAUUGCAACUGAACGCCUCACCAGCUGUAUCUCAAAUGUCUUCGCCUGGUAUUCCCGCCGAUCGAGUGAUGAUGAAUGAUCGCACCAAUGCCAUGACGGUGAUGAAUGGAACAGCACCUGGACCACCAUCGAGUGACCGUCAUAGUAAUGGUAGCAGCAAUGGUUCCACGACCGGAUCAAUGGUUAGUGAGAGGGAUCAUGCCAUGCAUCAAGAGAGAGCAGCGAUACAGAAUCGCGUUCUCCAAGAGAGGGCAAUUCAGGAGAGGGUCAUGCAGGAACGUGCCCUCCAGGAGCGUGUAAUGCAGGAGAGAGUCAAUUUGCAUCCAGCUAUUGGGAUGCCUUCUCACGUUAUGCCACAUGAUGCUACACGAAUAGAGAAGAACGUGAUGCCCGGUAGUAUAGCUAGUCCAGGACCUGUGUGAUUCUCACAAUCAUCACGAUGCCAACGUGUUCUAUGUGAGUCAAAAUGAAAGAAUAUGAAUCUAAAUUGCCAUUUACCUCCGUAUUUUGACAUAAGAUGAGCGAUCAACAGUAUAUUACAUAGGGAAUAUUUAGAGAGGGGAGAGGACAAGAAAAGUCAUUAGUAGAGAGAAAAAAAAUCAUUGUAAAGUUAAUAAGUUAAUGGUAUACUUUCAUGAUUUAAUACAAUUUUUACCAAUAGAAUUUUCAUUACUACUUUAGUUACUUUUACGUUACUUUCGGUGAUUUCAUUAAGAAAUUUAUUUCCUUUACGAAAUAUUAUCGCCCAAGUAAAUAAAUAAUUUUUUAUUGGUAUUUAACAAAUUUAAUAAUAAUAUAAUAAUAAUGGUGGCACAACGUUCCAUAGAGGAACUAGGCCUUCCCACAACGGGAGUUCGGGACAUCCAUUAUUAUUUUUCCUUGUACAGGGAUGGGGUUGUCAGUCCCAUGUCCGUGGAAUCAAAUGCAGCGAAGCUCACUGAAUGCAAUUCGAACACCUUUAACGCCAGAAAAAUUCCUGGUGACCUAAAGGGGAUUCGAACCCGAGACACUUGCAUCAUAGAGCGAGUGCUCUACCACUUGAUCCAUUGAGUAACAAAUUAUAAAUUGUAACAAAUUUUCUAUUAUAUUUUUGCAUGUAUAGAUUGAUACAACGGAAUAAUUUGGAAUAGGACCUAAUCAGAUUUUUGAGAUUUCCUUACUGUUUUAGAUAAGCAAAGAGCAAAAGCCCUAAAUUCAGGAGUACCUUUCGUGAUAUUUUUCUUUUAUCCAUCGAAAAUAAAAUAAAUCUAAAAUUUCAGAUUAUUAUACCACACCCUAAAUUAUAUUUUUGUGUCAAUUUCGGUUUUGAUGCAUUGGGAAUCCAAAAUGGUAGAUUGACCUUAGAAAAAACAGCUAUAAUACAUGAUCGACUUACAUUAUCGACAUUUAUGCCUUUCUAAGACCAUGUUUCAGCUGGGAUUCUUUACAAUCGCAGCUUUUGUAGUCCGACGUUAAAUUCAGUCUCGUCUGUUUAAAUGGGUUACCUUUUCUUUUUUAUCCCUGGAAAAUCUCCCGAAAUACAGUUUUUGCCUGAAGCAAAAAAUUCUCACGUUCACUGAAUUUGUUGAAUUUGGAUACUUUGAUUUUUUUUAUGAUUACUAUUUUAUCAUUAAACUGCAACAUACUCCUCCUUAUUGACAAUACACAGUCAAUCAGUUCAUUGGCAGUUUAGCAAUUUUGCUUACUGGACGUUUUUAUUGGCCUUGAUUUGUCGUCACUGUGAUAACUUGAGUUACUCCAUCUUUACAAGGAUGUAACUCCAAAAUUCUUGCUCUGUCCCAUGUGUUGGGUAAAUUAUUCUCAUUAUUUAUACACUGAGAAAAAAAUGGGGGUGCGAUUAACUUCUUUUCCUCAUAAUUUUAACACUUUAGGUGUAAAAAUAUAUCAACAUUUUUUAAUGUUAAUUUUACACCUUUUAAGGGUAAAAUUAACAUGAAAAAGGGUAAAUUUAACCCAUAAUACACCUAAAAAGGGUAAUAUUGACACCGAUUUUGGGUCAAUAGUUAAGGGUAAAAUCAACAUUUUCGGAAUGUUAUUUUAACUUUUUCGGAUUUCUCGCAGUGUAAUAACUAAAUCUCCAACACAUAAAUUUUAACUAUUUUUAAACCAUUUUGGACAUUGCUGGAAAAUCUCUUGAAAUUCCUUGAAUUACUUGACAUCUCAUUAAACGAUUCAUGGGAACUUCAUUAAAGUCGUCCUUUGGGUUUACAAGUA